CCUGAGAAUGGCGGACUUCCGGGGAAUCCGCUUCACUCUCCCUUGCAUUCUCUCUGUAUUGUAUUUCAGUGCUAGUAAUACGGUCCUGUUCCGAAUUUUAAUCGUCUCGAGUAUUCGCUUGAAAAAGUGAAAAGGAAAUAAGCAACCAAAACAACAUGACAACCGACGCUGCACAUUGUAAAAUCAAUCAAACUUAUCGCUUUAAAUGGAAUAAUUAUCAGAAUCAUCUGUCUGACGUCGUGAGGCAGCUCUUAAAGGAGGAUUGUAUGGUGGAUGUCAUUCUAUCCGCAGCUGGUCAACGUAUUCACGCGCAUCGCAUUGUAUUGUGCGCUUGUAGUAUUUUGUUUCAAGAAGUACUUAGUCAAGUGACAGAAGAUUAUCCAACAAUUAUUCUGAGUGAUAUAUCUCCUCAGGAUAUAAAAUCAAUUAUUGAAUUCAUAUAUCAUGGUGAAAUCCGCGUUCCUAUGGAAAACAUUAGUAGCUUACUUGAAGCUGCACAUUCAUUAAAAAUAAGUGGUCUUAUUGAUAUAGAUGGGCUUGAAGAAGAUGAAAGUAUUAGAAGUAGAAAAGAUUCUACAGAAGAAACUAUGACAGAAGUAGGGGAAAUUGAAAACAAUGUUGAACCUUUGGAAAAUGAAUCUCAUGAACCAAGCACUACUGAAAAUUGUAUUUCAAAUAAAAAGAAAAAAACGCGCCGUGAGACUGUAAAAAGAGAUUACAAUGAUGACAUGUUGGCAUCUGCAAUUAAUGACUUGAAAUUAGGACAAACUUUGAUAGAAGCUGCUACUAAGCACAAUAUACCACGCUCGACGUUAUAUAUGCGGGCAAAAGCAUUGGGAAUACAUUUAAAUGCAUCAAGAAACGGAUAUCCUGCAGAAUGCAUGAAUGCAGCAAUAACUGCUGUAAUCAAUGGUUCAAGCUUACAACAUGCAUCGGAAGUAUUUAGAAUUCCUAAAACUGUGCUAUGGAGACGUAUACAAAAAGAAGGCUAUCAAAUUUUACGUCCUGAAAUGAAGAGAUCGUAUGCUUUAGACACAAGAGAAGCUGCUGUUAAAGCUUUGGAAAGAGGAGAAAAUUUGACAAAAGUUGCUUUGGAAUUUAAAAUACCAAAGACCACAUUGUUUAGAGAAAAGGCACGACUAGUGGAUCAAGGUAAAUUGCCAUUAUCAUUUUGGAAAAAACGCAAAACUGAGAAUGAGGAAUUAAAGAAAUCACGAUUAGAAGAAGCUGUAGCUGCUUGUAAAGGUGGCAAAAUGUCACAAGCUGCAGCAUCUAUGACAUAUCAUAUUCCAAAAACUACAAUAUGGCGAAGACUCCAACAAGAUGGAAAAAAGAUAGAAAAAUCAUCAAAUGUGAAAAAACAACAACGAUUAAUUGAUACACCAGUAUUGAAUGAUGCUCAAAUGAAAAUGCAAGAAAACUCCAAUUUUAGUUAUUGUGAGGUUACAUCAGAAAUGCCUAUAACUUACAUAGAUGAAAAUAGUAUACCUGAGGAUUCUGUGAUAAUCUUAACAACAGAGGAAAUGGAUGAACUAAAUUUGGAAGAAGGCAGACAAAUUAUAGUAAAUUCGGAAUCUGGACAGGAAUAUAUUCCAUGUACGAUAAGUAUCGAAAAUAAUUCCAAUUAUUCAGAAGCUGAGAGUUAGCAUUAAAGAUAACGAGCAACUGAUUGUUUAACAUAAAUUAAAUCUAGUUGACAACUGUACAAUUGUUAAAUAUAAUAUUUUAGAUGCAUUGUAUUUAAAAAAACAAAUAUUUAUAUAAAUGCUCGUAUACUCUACACUGUCUAUUAGAUUCUGAAAUUAAUUUUCUAAAAAA